AUGCCCUGCAGCAACUGUCGGCGGGCUCAAUGCGACUGCAUCUACCCUGCUCCGGGCCGCGCACCACGUCAGACGCGGCUUGCGCCUACAGGUCCUGUCACUGGGCAGAGUGAGCGUGAGAUGGAUCUCUUGGAUCGAUUGCGGAAACUCGAGGGGCUUGUCCACGAGAUGAGUGGUCAAGGUACAGCUAGUGAGAACGACACGGAAGUGCGCAAUGGAGAAUCACCACUCGCUUCAGAAAAGAGCAAGGGGGCAAAAGAUGUUGUUCAAGCUGCCACUGAGAAGGUCAAGAGAGAGUCUGAGAGCACCGAUUUCUCAAAUGUCAACAAACAGCUUGGCCGCUUAGUACUCCAUGAUGGAGACUCCACACCGCGAUACGUCAAUAGUGGCUUCUUCGUGAAGCUCAACGAUGAGCUCGCUGAAAUUCGCAACGAGAUGGAGACUAUGAACGAAGAAGAAGCCGAGUUUGAAGAGGAUACGACUCCCGAGCAGUCCCCUCCACAGAACUUGGGUAUUGAGCAUGAUCACCACAGCUUCCUUUUCGGCUACAGCUCUGCCGAUGUUGAUCUUACAGGCCUUCAUCCAUUGCCCGCGCAAGGCUCUUUCCUCUGGCAGAUCUAUCUCGAGAAUAUUGAACCUCUUGUCAAGGUGUUGCACAUCCCCACCAUGAGCAGACUCAUGGCUCAAGUGAGACGCGGAGAGCAUGAUCUGCGUCCUGGAGAUGAAGCGCUUGUGUUUGCCAUUUAUUAUUCAGCUGUGACUUCGAUGGAGACACAAGAGGUCGAAGCAAAUCUCGGCGCUACUCAAUCUCAUUUCGUCUCUCAAUUUCGUUUCGCUCUUGAACAAGCUCUAGCCAAGUCUAAUCUUCUCAACACCACCAGCAUGGCUAUGCUGCAAGCAUUUGUUAUCUAUCUUACCGUAGUCAAGUGUCACGAUGAUAGCAAGUUCGCUUGGACCCUUACCAGUCUCUGUGUCCGAAUGGCUCAAGCCCUUGGUCUCUACCGUGAUGGUCAGCAGCUUGGCCUCUCACCAUUUGAGGUUGAGAUGCGCCGUCGUCUUUGGUGGGCCAUUGUGUCUCUUGACGUCCGUUCUGCUGAGGAAAUGGGGUCCGAUCUGAUCAUAGGCGACAAGACCUUUGACACUCAACUGCCAUCAAACAUAAACGACACCGAUAUCGACCCAUCGUUCACCGAGACACCAACCCCUCGUCAGGGCCGCACUGACUCUGCCAUUUGCCUCUCUCGUUAUGAGAUCACCGCCCUAUCUCGAGGUUUAUUCGCGGCCAUAGCGCAAAUGCGUCCUGUUGAUCCUGAAGAGGUCGAAAAGAGUCUCGAAGAGCGCGAGCGCAUGCUCAUUGAAGUCUACGAACGCAUGGAGGAUAAGUUCCUGAAACAUCUUAUGAGGGAGGAUGAUCCCAUCUUCUGGGUUGCUUCUCUCAUUUCUAGAAUCAUGAUGGCAAAGGUUGGCCUCAUCAUAUAUCAGCCCGUGCUCUUCCCCGGGAUGGGUCCGCAGGUAUCAUACGAGAUCCGAAGCCGGUUAUGGCAGUCUUGUAUUGAGAUCGUCGAGUACAGCCACAUUCUAAAUAUUGACCCCAGCUGCAGGCAAUGGCGUUGGCUGUUCAAAUCCUACCGGCAAUGGCACGCAAUCGCAUGCAUGCUUCUGGAACUCUCGAAACGGCCUUGGGGUGUCACCUCGGAGCGAGCCUGGGAAGCUGCCCAAAUUCUCGACUAUGAUCACCCAAUCGAUGGCAGCAACAACACAAAUCAUACGGCUGCAUGGAUGCCUAUUAAAAGGCUAUUUACAAAGGCUAAACGACAUCGUGAAUCGGAGCUUGUACGAUUACGCGCUGAUCCCGAGGCAGCGAGACGUCUCGAUCGUGAGGAGAGAAUCAAACCUGUACUGGAACGUAUUGGUCCUGCGCCAGGAAUGGAGACCCGUAUGUCAGAACUCCGAGCCCGAUGGCGAAAGAUAUUUCGGCCGGGAGACUUCUCCGAUGAUACCGAGUACCAGAGCAUUUUACCCAGCGCAGAUCAACCUGGGCAUCUUUCACAAGCCCAGCAACAGGCCCAGCAGUCACUCGACCAAAUGAGUGUUUUUGACCCUAAUACCUGGCAAAAUCUUCACUUUGACAAUCCAAACAUCGCUAUAUACUACGAUGGGGUUGAUUCUGGAGCGCAGAGCAUGGGUGGCCUACCAGGAGAUAGUAGCCUUGGAAGUCUUUCAAGCAUUGCAUCGCCCGCCAUAUCAGGGACUGCAUCUACAAAUAGAAACGACAACGACCCUCAAGCACAUGGAGGUGCUCGCAUAUCACCAUGGCCAAGUUCAGAUAUGUUUCAGCACACUCAUGAUCCAGGUGCUCUGGCUGAUAUCGAUGAGCUUUUCCAAAACAGAACCGGGCCCAAUCCUGGUCUCGACUUAAACAUGGACCCUGGCGAAGUUGAUGAUAUUGAUUGGCGGACCUGGGAUGAGACUUUAAGGACAUUGAGUAGGCCUGCAAUGGAUCAAAUGGGUGCCGGCGCCGGCAGUUGGGGUGGCAUGUGA